AUGCCGCCGCUCCAAACUAGAAAGUCAAAAAAGGAUGGGAGAAAGAGGACAUACUCGUUGGUGUCGAAUACUACAAACGCACAGGCUGGUCCUGUCGCAAGUCCUAAAACUGUCGAGAACAGUUCACCUUCACAACAGGCUAAUGGGUCAAGACAAGCCCUAAAUGCGCCUGCCGUUCCAGAGAACCCACCACCAAGACCCGCAGAGCCGGCGAAGAAGCUGCCUAAUGUGUUUGAGUUCCUGGAAGAGAAUGAAGAAACGUCUUCAGACUCAUCAUCGGCAUCGUCGUCGUCGUCGGAGUCCGAAUCCGAAUCUGACGAGGAGGCGGAGCCUCCACGCCCUAUACAAACUACCAUUAAGAUCCAGUCUCCCAAACCACGGGCAAAUACCGUACCUCACGGAGUGUUGGUCUCAGGAGGAAACAUACCCCCGAAGAAAGUUACCCAAGCAGCCCCAGUGGUAUCCAAACCACCAAACGAAGCACGAAAGCCCGCAUCACCACCCUCGCCUUCUACAGGCAAUCAGUUAGUCACCCGGAAGAGACAACCAACCAGAAAGCCGAGCCCGAUCUCAACUGCAAACAUUUCCCCCGGAAAAGGCCAACUGGAAUUGUCCCGACCACCAACCUACCAUGGGUCCUCAAGAGACAGCGGUGCUGUCCACAGACCACCGCUCCCACCAUCACCCCCGAGAAGCCCAGAAGAUAAUCUCCACCGCACGCCGACAAAGAGACGGGACUCUAAUACAACACAAGAGCCAUCUGGAUACGGUCUUCUAGCCUCGCACCUAACCAAGUCCACCUCAGAAGAGAGCGGGAGCUUCCCUCCGCUAUACCGACGUUUCGAGACCAUCAACCACCGCGUUCUCCUCCACCUCCAAGACGAGAUCUCCCAAAUGGAAGAAGAUCUCCACACACUAGAUGAGUACGAAGAAAUGCAUCGAGUGGACAUGGCCGAGCAGGAAGGCGCAAAGCCCUUACCGGCUUCACGACGGCGGGACGCCCAGUCACAGGCUUAUUCAUCUUUACAUUACCGUCGCAUGGACCUCAUGAGUGCUUUGAUCCAAAAGACCGAACAAUAUAACACCGCUCUCAGCGCCUACAGCAAAGUCCUACAGACACUCCCGCGGGCCUCGGAACAGGGCAUCACGGGAUACCGCAAUUGGAUGAGAGAGAAUAAGCCCGUCGCUGGUGUUGAGACGCGGUUUCUAAUUCACGACGCGGAUCUGGUCUCGCUCACUCCACGACUGGCUGCUUCUGCCGCCGCAGCACCUGUCUACAUCGCCAUUAUCAUUGCAUCUGGUGCACUCCUGCUGCCACUUUUGGCAUUCAGCCUGAUUGCGGAGUUCUCUGGGCGUCUUGUCGUUGUGACGGUUGUUGGUGGCGCCGCGGCGGCUAUUGCAGCGAAUUACUCGGCUGGUAUUGAUACGCUGGUUGACUCGAGGGAUGGAUGGCGCUGUGCUACGAUAUACUUCGGUUUCAUGGCUAUGGCUGCUAUGUUCAUUCCCUAG